AUGAGUGAUAAUGUUUCCAUCGAAAUGCCACCUCCACAUAAUGGUGAACCUAUUAGUAUGAUGGAAAUAUCACCGAACGGAAGAUAUCUUGUUACUUACAGUGAAGUAGACAAAACAAUUGUCGUGUGGAACGUUGAAAAUAUUAAAGAUAUAAUAGAAGGCGAAGACUUGAAAGGAAAACAACUUAUAAAUUAUUACAAGCACGAAUUAGUUGAAACAUCUAGAAGUAUAUUCCAUAUAUGUGUCUCUGAUGAAAAGAUACUAGCGUAUAUUAAUAAUAAUUAUGAAAUUAAAAUCGUUGAUUUGAAUGAUAAACAACCUCAAGAAAUCAAAUUGUAUUUUGAAUUUGAUGCAAUGGAGAUACAAAUUUGUAACUUUAACAAGGAUGGAAGGCUGAUUCUAUUUUGUUCUGUUAGAACUAAUGCUAUUUAUGAUUUUAUCAAUAUUGUUUGUGUUUAUUCAAUCUCAACACUAACCAAAAAAACCAAGUGUCAAAAUAUCUACAAGUUACCUAAAGAUGCGGAAACCAAAACAAAGGAUAUCAGAAUUUCUAAUAAUGAAAAUUACACUUGUAUGAAAAUAAAUGAUGAAAAAAUUUUCAUUCAUUCAAAUAAACAUGAAUUUUCUACGAUGUCUUUGGAUUUGAAAAACGAGGAAAAACUAAAGCAUUAUAUGAAACAUCAUCAAAAUUUGUUAUUUCCUUUAUUUGAUCAUCUGUUGAUUUGGAAACUUAAUAAUAAAUGCUAUGCUAUUGAUUCUCAAUCAAAAAAUUAUAGAUUCCUGAAUGUAGAUGAUAAUGAAUUAAACUUGGAUUCAUUAGUGGUAUUAGAAGUUAAAAAUGAUGAUAAAGACCAUUUAGAAUUUUCUUACUUUUCUAAUCAACAAGAUAUUUUAGGAGAAUAUCAAUUAGAUAUAGGUUCUAUUUUAUGGAAAAUCGAAAAAUAUGAAUUAGGAAUGCAAACAUUCAUAAUUGAAGAAAAUUUUAAUAAACUGAUGGAAGAAGAUGCGAAAAAGUUUAUUGAAAUGUUAUUUGAGAUCAAAAUAAAUGCGAAUUAUCUUGAAAGCCGGAUAGAAAAAUAUAAAAAUCCGAUCAAAGAAUUUAUUAAAAUGAAAAGUAUGACUAAAUUGGAUAUUAAAUUUAGUCAAGCGUUAGAAAAGAAUUUUAUUGAACGACUAUCUAUAAUUGAUGAAGAGGAAGAUCAUGAUAAAUGGAAAAAUAAAAUCGGAGAAUUAAUGAAAGAAUUUAAUAAACGGAUAAAUAAGAUAAUGGAAUUAAAGAAAGAUCUUAAUUCAUUUAAAAUUGAAAUAACAGAAACUUCUUUAAAAUUUAAUAAAGAUUUGAUUCGUUUGUUUGUUGCAGAUAAAUAUUUAUGGGAAUUAAAUUACGAUGAAGAUGAAGAUCAAAUUAUAUUUGAUUACAAAAUAUUAAAGAAUAAAGAAAUUGGUCUAUUAACGAACAUUGGCAUUUUUAAUUUCCAUUUAAAUAAUGAAGAGAAUUUAAUUUCUUUGGAUUUUUUGAAAAUUACCAGUAUAAACCCAAAAGAUGAUGAUAAGGGUGGGCAUUAUAAAUUGUAUAGUGGAUGUGUUUCAUAUUUUCUGGGGGAUAAUGAAGAAUUCUCAAAAUAUGGUUCUGCAUUCUUAAUAUAUGCGAUUAAGUAUAAAGAUUCAAACCUAAUAGAUGAUAUUUAUAAUAGGUGUUUAAAACAAGAUUUAGAUAUUAAUAUCAAUAUAUUAAAUGUUAUUAAUGCAUCAAUGCCAUUAUUGAAUAAAUAUUAUCCUGAAUAUAUAGCAAGAUAUUCAUUAGAUACAAACAUGAUGAUAGAUUCUGUUGAAUAUAAGAUCGAACAUCUUGAUACUUCACAUCUUUAUCCCUUUUCCAAUAUGGAAAUA